UGGCUGCGCCUCCAACUCAUUGCAACCGCAAAGCCUCUUCUCCUCUUCUUCUCCUACUCGCUUACUCAAUCGCUCGAGGAUUCUUGGAUUGGAUUAUUGGGUUGGAUUUUGAGUUGAUCAAUGGCGGCAGCGGCGCAGGCUCCGGCGGCGGCGAAGGUGGUGGUGGCGACGUCGCCGAGGGCAGGCGGAGGCGGAGGCGGCGGCGGGGACAGGAAGGUGGUGCCGGUUGUGGUGGCGGCGGCGGCCGGCGACGAGGCGCAGAGCGAGAUGCACGUGCUGGCGGUGGACGACAGCUCCGUGGACCGCGCCGUCAUCGCCAAGAUCCUCCGGAGCUCCAAGUACAGGGUGACCACGGUGGAGUCGGCGACGAGGGCGCUCGAGCUCCUCUGCCUCGGCCUCGUCCCCAACGUCAACAUGAUCAUCACCGACUACUGGAUGCCCGGCAUGACCGGCUACGAGCUCCUCAAGCGCGUCAAGGAAUCGUCUCAGCUCAAGGAGAUCCCGGUGGUGAUCAUGUCGUCGGAGAACGUGCCGAACCGGAUCAGCCGGUGCCUGGAGGAGGGCGCCGAGGACUUCCUGCUCAAGCCCGUACGCCCCUCCGACGUGUCGCGGCUCUGCAGCCGUAUCAGAUGAUCGCUCGCUCGCCAUGUUGGAUCAUGGAGAGGAUGAUUAACUCCUAGGAUUUUUUUUGGUGGCUUUCUCAAUUCUUGGACAUAGUUCUUCUUCUUCUGCUGCUGCCUCAAACAAGAAGCUAAACAUUUGGGGCUUUAGGAGAUGAUUAGCCUUACUGCCUUAGCAAGUUAGAAUUGAAAUUAGGUGUCAGGCAUUUGCUUGUUCCCCUGUGUGCUCUGCAAAGACGCCAUGAAAAAAAAACAGAGAGAGAAGAGAUUCUUCUGAAGCUUCUGUUCAGGAGGUUUCUCUUGUCACAAUGUUGAAAUGGCACCAGAGCAUCAAUCUGUUCUUUUUAACUGUUUCAAGAUCGGUCAGAGUUUUGACAUUAAUUUAAGUCUUGCCAAUUAACCAUGCAUCAUCAUCAUAGUUUCUUCACA